AUGACGCUCCAAAUGGACAACAAUCGGGCAUACACGCCCUUGGAGUGGCUGCUCAUUCAAAAGAUGGAGUUUGAGAAGGAGACAAACCUUCGGAUGGCAACGAAAUAUGGCAAUUUUAGUGAACACAUCCAGAAGCAAGUUGCAGAGGUGCGCCCACCCAAGAUGCCCAUGGCGGUCCGACGGCUGCCCGAGAACUCGGAGCUGCCCAGCAUCACCAAGGGAUGGCGCAGCCGCGUUUACGAGCCAAUAGCUACCAAACGGCCAGAGGUGCGCGAAAUAGGAAGAUUUGAGGCUGAGACCAAUGAUGUUCAGCCAGUGUCGCAGUUGGAUGCAAAGAACUGCAGACCUGCCAUGGAGCUGGACAAUGUCAAGGGCAAAGAUGCUCCGGAAGCACCUGCAGGCAAGAAUCCUUUUGCCAGUACUUCAUCCGGCAAGUUUCGGACGCCACUUCUGGCCCGGACGGUGGUGAAUGCUCCAGAGCGCUUGGACCUCUCCCGCAUUCGCGAAGUGAACCGGUUUCCCAAGUCGAGCUCUACAGCCUCGCUCUCUGCUCUUCCCAGGACCGACAGAUCCUUUAACGGCUGCCGGCGAACUUGCAGUUCCAGUGUGAUCUUCGGUCCGUGA